UUUUUUCCUGCCGAGGGCGCUGUGGCCUUGGUCUCUGACCCGGUGGCUCGCGCGGUGACCCCCUACCAGGAGAUCGAAUCGCCAACUCUUCCUGCCCGCCCGGUGUUCGCCGGAAUGCCGGCCCGGGUCCCGGGGAAUCUCCUCGCCCCGUCCGUGCACACCAGGCCAGGUGCUCCACCCUGAUCAAGCAGCCGCGGUCCCAUGUUGCGCAGCAGAAAUGUCAAGGCGCCGCACGGCACGCCGCAGCAGGGCGUCCUGCGCUUGCCGUAGCCAACAAGUGUGACGACCAGCGAUAGAUGCCUGGCCGUCGCGCACCAGCCAGUCGGCCGGUCCGCCGAUGGUUUGUCGCGAUGCCGUGCUGCUGGUGUGUGCCGAUCCGAUCUCCUGGUGGCGCCUCCGCAUUGCCUAUCCCCGUAAUAAGAAGAUAAGUACUCACCACUACUAACUCGUGCCCAUAUUUUAUACGUUCUUUUCUGGAACUAAGGUAUCCAUGCUUUCACUGUUGUUUUUUUUCAGAUUUAUCUCAUGCCAAGCGAUAAUUGGACUGAGAUAUUUCGUAUAUAUUUAUUCAUCAGUCAUUGUAUUUGUAUGUUGUACUAGUAAGAAAAAUGUUCCUUGCUGAAUAAAAAAUAUCUGCAAAUUGAUCUGCAAAUGGUGCUAAAAAGUAACUGAAGCGCAGUUGUUUUUGACCUGUUUUAAUAUAUACGAUGGGAUUUAUCUAGUACAAGAAUUUAUUACUACUCUGACUCUAUUCGUUCCUCAGCCAGCGGAAGCAUACACAAUAAUUCAUUGCCACUAUUUUCUUUCCUUUUAUUGUCAGAUGCUCUUCUUUCGCCAUCCUUCACUUUGUGAGCCGUCCUACUUGUCCAGGAGUCAUAACAGACCUUGAAUAACCUUUCAGAUACCUUCUCGCAUCAAAAGAGCUAUUUUUUCCUCUACUGCAAGUGCAUGUAUAGAAAGGGCAGCUGGGACUUGCACUUAGUUGGGAGCCUGCCAUAUGGCAAUCGUGCAACACUCACCAGGACUAGGCAAUGGCGCCAACAAUGAGACAGGCAGCACCCAAAUUGGUUAUGAGCACCUGUGGAAACUGAGGAAGUAUUUGGUACUGCUGGGAACCUUAGCAGUUAGUGUGACAUACAAUUCUGGACUAACACCACCCGGGGGAUUUUGGUAUAAAAACAAGGAUGGCCAUAAAGCUGGUGACCCUGCCCUUCAAGCUGAGUUCUCCAAGCGGUACGAGGUAUUCUUUUACUGCAACGCAACAGCCUUUGCUGCAUCUCUUGUCUUAAUCAUCUUGCUUCUAAGCAAGAGUGUGACCAGGCAGGAGUUAUGGCUUCGUUUGAUGCAAUUUACAAUGCUGGUUGACCUAUUCAGUCUAAUGGGGGCCUAUGCUGCCGGAAGCUGCAGGGCACUUAAGUCAUCCAUCUACACAUGGGUUCUAGUCUUCGCUGUAUUCGUAUACCUUUGGAUUCAUAUCUUAGUAUCCACAAGGGUAGUUCCAGAAAAACUAAAAAAGGAAUUGAAGAAGGUGGCAAAUCAAAUUCUACCCAAAUACGUCUUCAAUGUUGGGCAAGCGAGCAGCCCUCAAGAGAAAGACACGGUGGAGGCUCGCAAGUUUAUUUUGAUGCUUGUAACUUUUGCUGCUACUGUUACAUACCAAGCGGGGCUGAGUCCACCUGGUGGCUUUUGGGCUGAAAAUGAUUAUGCCUCAGGAUCUUCUCCUCCUUACAAGAAUCGUCCAGCUACUUCUGUUCUUCGCAGUCACUACCUACGCCGUUAUAACAUAUUUGUCAGUUGCAACUCAACCUCCUUUGUGGCAUCUUUGGUCACAAUUAUACUCCUUCUGAGCCCAGAACUGAGCAGGCAUGGAAUAAGAUCCAAAGCAGUCUCUGUUUGUGUGGUGGCUGACAUAUUGUGCUUAAUUGGUGCCUAUGCUGCAGGAUGCUCUCGGGAUUUGGCAACAUCAUUAUAUGUCAUGUUUAUUAUUGUCAUAGUGUUGCUCUGCAUUGCAGUUUUAGCAAGGAUCUUUUCUUACAAACCUGUAGCAGAGCGGCUACAAAAGAUAAAUGAAGGCACUGCAUGGUAUGUUGGUAAAGUGGUUAGAGGACUCUCUUUUGCAAGUCAUCAUCAAGACUCAGUCCACACUUCUGUUGUACCACCAGAAGACAGUGCAAGCAAUCAGCAAGUACCAAAUACCACAGAAGGAGAGUCCAGUGGAGAGUGUCCGCCUGCCGACAAAGAUAAAGAAACUAGUACUAAGGAGCAUUUGCCUAGUUCUUGGCAUCCAUCAAAGUCAGAAAAUACCAAGGAUUUCAUGUCCAACCAGGAGAACCAAUCUACAGAUUGCCAGCUAGAUGUAAACACAAAGGAGGCUCUGCUCAGCACAGAGCAAUCUUCAACUGAUGACUUCAGAACUACUGAUAUUCCAGUGGAGGGCUCUUCUGACCACAAUAAAUCCAGGGACAAUCUCAAAGUAGAUAAUGAUGCAGAAGAUAUUGAGAAUGGCCAUGCUCACACCAGUGAAGAUGUAUCAGACCAAAAUUCUCAUCGCAAACAAAGUGAGAAGCACCUGAAGAAGACCCGUACCUGUCUGCUUCUUCUUGCCAUUCUUGCAGUAUCUUUGACAUAUCAAUCAGGUCUGAAUCCACCAGGCGGUUUCUGGUCAAGACGUGAAAAUAAUCAUUCAGCAGGCGAUCGUAUUCUUGAGGACAAUAAUCAUCCACGCUUCAUUGCAUUCUUCUAUCUCAAUGCAGUUGCAUUUGUGGCAUCUUUUGUCAUGAUCCUUGUAAUUCUGAGCCAGAGUUUGAGCGAGAGUUUUACAAAACGCCGUGAGUUGCAAAUUGCUAUGAUAGUGGAUCUGCUUUCCUUAACAGGGGCAUUUGUCAUGGGAAGCUGCAGGGAAGCAAAGAAAUCCAUUUACAUAUCAGUGCUAGUAUGUAUUGUGCUCACUUAUGUUGGCUUUCAUGUUCUACUAUCUAUUCAUGUAAUUCCUAUACAUUGCAAGAAUUGGGUGUCAGAAAAACUGAAGCACUUUUGGUCAGCAUUGUCUCAGCUAUGUGCCAAUGAGACAGGGAAUAUUGCUAGUGAGAACGAAUUGGAACAGGAGUUAGAAAGGAGGCAUAAUCUAUUAUUAAUGCUUGCUAUAGUGGCUGCAACAGUUACAUACCAAGCUGGUAUAAACCCUCCAGGAGGUGUAUGGUCUGAUGACAGCGAUGUCAGUGGCACACCAGGCAACCCAAUUCUUCAGGAUAACAAUCAAGGACGAUACGAUGUGUUCUACUACUCAAAUUCAGUAUCAUUUGUGUCCUCUGUAGUUAUCACAAUCUUACUUGUGAAUAAGGAAUCCUUUGAGCAUGGAGUCAAGUCCUAUGCUCUGCGACUGUGUUUGGUGCUGGGCUUGCUUGGCCUCCUGAUUGCUUAUGCUGCUGGAAGCUGCAGGAAUAAAAUACAAUCUAUUUUUGUUAUCAUCAUUGCUGUGGCUGUUCUAUUAUCACUUGUGAUUCAAGCCCUUCUACCUCCAAUGCAUGAUACACUAGGAAAACUAUUGGAUGCAUUUGUCGAAUUUCUUCAGAAGUGGGUUUUUCUUACCAAGAAGACUGAGCCAGAAGUUUCUUCCAACUCUUCAGAAACUUCAGAUUGUGAUGAGAAAAAUAAAAUGCACAAGUAUCUCAUGUUUAUUGCAAUUUUAGCUGCCUCAAUCACAUAUCAAGCUGGUCUGAAUCCACCUGAUGGCUUCUGGUCUGAUGACAAUGGCCAUGUUGCAGGCGAUCCUCUCCUUCAUGAUAUUAAUAACCGACGCUAUAUGACAUUCUUCUGCUUCAUUUCGUUCUCCUUCAUGGCCUCUAUUGUUGUGAUCAUGCUGCUGCUUAGUAAAUCUGUAAGGAAGAAAUCUAUUCCCAUCGAGGUACUGCUUUGCUUGGUUAUGAUACUAGACCUGCUGGCUCUCAUGAUAGCUUUUGCUGCUGGAAGCUGCCGGAAAUUCAGGACUUCAAUAUAUGUCUUUGUGCUAGUAGCUGGCGUGGUGAUUGCUCUGGUGUUUAUAAUAUUUUUGACCAGUGCCAUUGCAAAAUGUCUGAGAAAAUUGAAGAGAAGUGGGCUUUGUCUGCCCAGGGCAUCUUGAUCAAGUUUCAAGAAGAAAUACAUAGGUACAAAGGGAGCAAAUUCGAGGAAUCCUUUUGUAAUACAGUGCAAACAAUCAGUGUUUCAGUUCUCACCAUUAUUUCUGGACUCACAUUAUUAUGAAAGCUGGUAAUGUCCGGAUUAAGCACUGGCUUCAUGUGUGCUAAGCAUUCAUGUAAUCUGCUAUACUGAUGAAACCAUGUGCUAAGUAUGUUUCUGCAUUCA